AUGUCUUCCGGUGCACCGCUAAUGCGACCAGGUCAACUGACACACUCGCACACACCACUUAUGCAACACAGUUCGUCCACAGGAUCCGAUUCAGCCACAUCUGCUGAUCGAAAGUCUUCUUCCAGACACGCAGGUUCUAACCCAGGAAAUGAUUUCGACGAAGACCUGCGCUCCGGAACAAGCCAUGUUGCAAGUUUAUCCGAUGGCCAAUUGACGUCGACUCCAGGUGGUCCCACCAGUCCGCACGGGCAAGUAUCCAUUGUAUCAGAUUCAAUAACGCCGUCGAAAUUUGGCCGACGAGGAUCCACGAAGAGUCGGAGUUCCAAAUGUGAAGAAUCUCCAGAAGAAUAUGGUGAAAUAGAGCUCAUAUUGACCUUCGAUGACUCCGAUCAGAGCUUAACUGUGCACGUGGCUCGGGCACGUGGGCUACCCGGAAUGGAUCUCAACGGGCUGGCAGACCCAUUCGUUAAAGUCAGAUUGCACCCGGAUCCCACAGAAGAGUUGCCGGGAAGCUUGUGGGGGGGGGGGAAGGGGGGCGGGGGUGGGGGGGGGGUGGAGGUAGUUGGGGUGGGAGUGGGGGGGGGGGGAGGAGGGCGGAAGGGGGGGGGUGGAGGUGGUGGGGGGGUGGGGGGGAGGGAGUCGAGAGUGGGAGGGUUGGGAGAGGGGGGGGGGGGGGGGUAG